CGAGACAAGGAUCUCUUCAGCUGUGUAUAUUCAGAGAUGUUCGGACUAUUGCAUCAAACUUUCAACAUGUACAUUGUAAAUGAUGAAAAGUUUUUGCUUUGGUGAGGGGACACACAUUAACUCUGCGAUCUGCCUGUGUUGCUCGCAAGGCAAAGUUCUUCACUGUACCCCGGUACACGUGACAAUCAAUUUAAUUCGAUUCAGUUCACUGAUCAGAGCGUGAUUCUGCGGUGUUCAUGAAAGUUUCUGUUCAAAGAUGACCAUCACACUAUCGAGAGAGUAGAGAAUGCCAUUGAACGCAAAGGGCUGGUUUCACAUUUUUGAUAGAAAUGGAAUUAUCUGAUUCCUCUGUGGUAGGAAUGUUCUUGGUCCUGCUUCAGACCAGACACUGGAGCUGCAUAGAUCCAGCUGCAGGCGAGGCCAGGCCAACUGCAUUCCCUGAGGAACUGUGAUUGGACCUAAGGACCAUCCAGAAAGGCCAGGCACAAGCAGCGAACAUGGAAAUUAAACCAAGACCGUCCUGCCUGAAGGAAUAAUAGGCGUCAUGGUUACAUGACUGCAACAUUUCGAUUUCUGAACGAGCUGUAACCUGAUUCUGCUGCAAACGUUUGUUCCUGAUUAUUAACCUCUCCCUGUACUUUGUGCAAUUUGUUUCCUGUCAGAUGACCAGAAUUCGGAGCAGUUAGCAUUGCAUCUUUUGAAACUAUCUUCGACGACCUGCACCAGGCGGAGAGGAUCCGUCUGUAAAUGUAACAGAGACUGGAAGGGUUGUUGGGUGGGGAGGGACGGUGGAGUGCACUCGGGAUGGCCAAACUGCCUCUUACCACCAUCUCUAUUUGCUUAUUAAUGGCAGUAGCUGAGCCCCAGUCGUUCACGAUCCAGACCGAACACAGACAGAUUAAUGUGACUGUUGGAGAAACGGCAAACUUUUCAGCGAAACCAUCAGCUGCUGUGAGGAAUGGGAACUGGGAAUUCCAAGGGAAAAACAUUGGGUUAUGGAUCGGUUCAUCUGCUUCAAUAAGUAAUGAUUACAAGUUGCGAGCUGAGAUUUUAACACCAAAUGGAUCGCUCCUGCUGAAGUCCGUGAUGUUUUCAGACAGUGGGGAGUACACUGUUACCAUGGUUCCUGAAAUGGGUGCCCAAGCAUCAGCGAUCCUCACCCUGCAUGUACUUGCUGAGCCCCAGUCGUUCACGAUCCAGACCGAACACAGACAGAUUAAUGUGACUGUUGGAGAAACGGCAAUCUUUUCGGUGAAACCAUCAGCUGCAGCGAAGAAUGGGAUCUGGGAAUUCAAAGGGAAAAACAUUGGGUUAUGGAUUGGUUCAUCUGUAUGUCUUAGCAAUGAACACAAGUUCCGUGCUGAGAUUUUCCUGCCAAAUAGAUCACUCCUGCUGAAGUCCGUGACGUUUUCAGACAGUGGGGAGUACAAUGUUACCAUGUUCCCUGAAGUGGGCGACCCAGCGUCAGAGACUCUUACCCUGCAUGUACUUGGUUCGCUGCUCCAGACCGAAAGCACACGGAUUAAUGUGUCUGUUGGAGAAACCGCACUAUUUACAGUGAAGCCGUUAGCUGCAGUGAAGAAUGGGAACUGGGCUUUCAAUGGGACAAACAUUGCGCUGUGGUUCAGUUCAUCUGUUUUUCUAAAUUAUGAAUAUAAAUCACGUGCUCAUAUUUUGCUGCCAAAUGGAUCACUCCUGCUGAAUUCACUGACGUUUUCAGAUGGCGGGGAGUACACUGUUACCAUGGUACCUGAAGUGGGCGAGAAAGCUUCAGCGACCCUCACCCUGCAAGUCCUUGAUCAAUCAAAUCCCAGGGACAAUUUGAACGAUGGUGCCAUAGCAGGCAUAGCGAUUGCUUUGCUUCUUUGUCUGGGUUUUGCCAUUGGGAUUAGUGCAUGGUUAAUCAAAAGAAAGUCAGAAGCCAUGAAAACUCCAAAACAAGGACAAAAUACUAGUUCAGUAGCAAGUGAUCGUGCUGCAGCACUCCAUGAAAAUUCACAAGCGAUCUAUGAAAAUAUUCCAAGAAGAUAAAAGGGUGGAAGACAUUCAAAGUUUUGAUUUCUUCGGGAUCUCCCUCUGAGAAUGCUUCAGGUUGAUUGGCUGCUUACUUGCUUGAUGAUGUGAAUAAUCCUGGAUGUCAUAAUUGCACUUGAACAGAAUGAAAUGUACAUUGAAAGUGUUGAGAACCAAGCUUUGGCACUUGCUAAAGAUUACUGACCCGCUUUCCUGUAAACAAUGUUAUCCCUGCAUUACGAUUUUCAAAGCAGUGGCUCCUGGGAGGUUUUGUAUGUAUUGAACAUCGUGAUGUAAAAACUAUUAACGUCAAUUUAGAACAAUUUUGACCUGUUUAAUAACGGACAUUUCAGAAGGAGUGCUUGGUAAAGUAAAGGAGACAGGCUGUGGCAGAAAAGGGAUGAAGUUGCAAAUAAUACAAAAUGCUCGCCUCCAGUCCACAUGAUUUUCAGGAAAAGGUCACAUGACACAGUGUCAGUGUGAUAAGGAAAUUAUUGCAUCUGAAGGCACGCAAUCAGAGAGAUCAACUGCCUUCAGCUCCUCUGUAUUUCUAUGAAAAUACAGCUCCUCUCAUCAAUGUCUGAGUUCAAAAUCCCCUCGAGAAGCUCAGCAUCGAAAUGAAGGUUCAUUGAAGGAGCAUUCAGUAUCUCAAUCACUGUCUCCAGAAAAGUGAUUCAACCAGCCACAACUGACUCAUGAAGUCACAUUCAGUGGUAACAGCUUGAGUGGAAACUCUCUUCAGCUGAAGAAAAAAAUCCUCUGCAUCAUGUUUUAUUUUAAAUCGAACUGUUUUUUUUUUGGCUAAGCACUUUUAAGUUUGCAUUGCUGAGAGAUUCAUAUUACUUUCCAAGAUUUGAAUGUUUUGUGUAGCUGCUUGUGUUCGUGUCAAGAGGGUAGUUAUAUAAAAAUAUUAACACUGUUUAAAUAUUUUGUUUAUAAGCUUUACCUCUUGGAAUUUUCUUUUUAAAUAACCUUGUAAUAAAUGAUUCUGUAUGUCUUA